AUGUUGUCAACUGAUUCAGCAGUGAGCAUUCCGGACUCUUCUAUUUCCAAUAGAGGCCCUGAGCACUACGAGCUCAGCAGGUAUCUUCCCCCUUAUCGGUCGUUACUGAACCCCAACCGAACUUUCGACUACCGAAGCCACAAGUAUGUGGAAGGGUCCGUGGAGUUUAAAUUCAGCAGUCUUUUUACUAGGAAGAAGAAGCCGGAAUCGAAUAUCAAGAUGAAGUACCGGUCGUUGCUUACCCCACUAUCGAAUACCAGGAAGCGUAUCAUGGAUGCCGCUUCUGAUACACUGUCAGUGAAAUCACUAAGGUCUUCGCUUUCGGUUGCCAGCUUGAGGAAGUCUACCAACUUGAGUGCUCAUCAUUUGAUGGAUCUCCCGGAUGAGAUUCUGACAAUGGUGAUCUCGUAUCUUAGAGAUGACCAGAAAUCGCUGGUAUAUCUCCUCUAUGUGAACAAAAGGUUGAAUAUGAGUGUUAAGCCUGUACUCUACGAGAAUCCAUACGUCUCAUCCACAUACAGGUUGGCUCAGCUAGUUCAUACGAUCAACAAUAGCAAGGAAUUGGCCCUCAUGAUUAAGACUAUUGAUCUGUCGACAAUAAAUCCUGGCUUAGAGUUGGAGGAAAAUGCGUUCCGGUUAUAUGACAUAUUUGCACAACAAGGUGACGACGCAAUGCCUUUCGCCUCUAACGACAAAGACAUACUUGCUGGCUGGAGGGACUGGAGAUACAGAAACCACCCAUUGUAUGGGCUGCAGCGCACCCUUACCGGACAGACUUAUCGGUCAUCACGGAGCUCUAGACCUGAGAUGAAGGAUCGCAAACUGUCGGCUUCUUCAAACUCUACCACAGGUUCUCUGUUCUCCAAUAACGAGGAUUACGAAACAGAUUCGUCGCGCACAUUGUCCGCUUCUCCAAUAAGAACCAAGAGGAAAAAACAUACUUUCAGGAACUCCUUGAAGCAGGUAUUCAAGAGUGCUUCCUCAGGUACAGUCACAACCUUCGAGAUCUCAGACUGGUACAGUGAUCUCAGACUGACAAAAUCUACCACUCCCAAAUUCCCUCCUAGAGUUAGUGAUCUCGACUACCUGACGCAGCCUGAUUCGCUGGUGGUUGGCGAGAAAACUCAACCAUACUCGACUCCUCAUCCACUUCAAAACAGAUUUUUGAGCCAGUACUGCUACUCUAAAGAUAUUCCGAUUGGAUACUUGUUGCACAUUUUCCAAGAGUGUGAGAAUCUCGUUCACGUGGACCUCACUGGUGUCUCUUGUAGCAACGACUUCGAGAUGAAAGAUUACGAAUACUUCAAUUGGCAGACCUCCAAGGGUAAAAUUAAGCAGGUCCCUGUAAUCGGCUACCGUUCUUUGUUGCUCGACACAGAGGAAGACGAGCGCAAGAGAAAAGAAGAAAAUGCCAUGUUAUCUCGAUUCAAGUCAGAAAAGCCAAUUUACUGGUCGGACACUCAGCGUGAGAUAGACUGGGAGAAUACAGAUUGUGUGAAGCUUGAAUUUGACGAUAUCUGGAAACAGCUGAAUAGGCUGAGGAAUCUGCGCACUAUCAAACUUUGCUCUAUCUGCUGGCUUGAGAAGUCCGUGAUUGAGAGAAUGGUGGCCGAUUCGCAAUCCGAAACCCGCUUAGAGUACAUUGAUUGUACUGAUUCGGGAAUGAGAAAAUCACUAGACUGGGCUAAACGAAGGACCGUUAAACAGUGGAAACGUUACUUCCGUUCUGAGAAUGUGCCUCGCGCACCCCAGAUAGCCACCCGAGGCUACAAUUUUGAAAAUAUCGGUCGCGAGUAUUACUGA